AGAGUCCUCGUCCUCGCGGGACCCACCGCGGUCGGGAAGACGUCGCUCAGCCUCGACCUCGCGUCGAAGCUCGACGGCGAGAUCAUCAGCGCGGACAGCGUCCAGGUGUACCGAGGCCUUGACGUCGGCUCGGGCAAGCUCGCGGCGAGCGAACGACGCGGGAUCGCGCAUCACGCGCUCGACGUCCUAGACCCGAGCGAGGAUUUCAACGCCGGGGCGUUCGUCGACCUCGCGCUCGAGACCGUCGAGGACGUCGUGUCGCGAGGCAAGGUGCCCAUCGUCGUCGGCGGGACCGGGAUGUAUCUGCGAUGGUUCGUCGGCGGGAGGCCGGCGACGCCGGCGUCGACGCCGGAGUCGUCCAGAGCGGCGAAGGAGGAGGUGCGCGCCGCCGCCGCCGCCGCCGGUUGGGACGGCGCGCUGAAGCUUCUGAGAGACGCCGGGGACCCGGACACCGCGGAUCGCGUCGCGACGAACGACUGGUACCGGGUCGAGCGCGCGCUCGAGAUAUUGCGCGCGUCCGGGCGACCGUUAGGGUCGUACGCGCCCGAGUCGCCGCCGCCGUUUGACUUUCGAUGCGUCCUCCUCGACGCGCCGCGGGUACAGCUGUACCGCAGGAUAGACGACCGCGUCGAGUGCAUGGUGUGCGACGGGAUGUUGGACGAGGCCGCGAUGAUGAUGAGGCGCGGUAUCGCCCCGGGGUCGACCUCCGCGGCGAGCGCGAUCGGGUACAGACAGGCGAUGGAGUUUUUAGCGGCGCGAGCGGCGGCGGCGGCGGGCGGCGGCGGCGGCGGCGCGACGACCGAAGAGGAUUUGCUCGCGUUCGUCGAGAAGACGCAGAGAGCGACGCGGGCGUUCGCGAAGCGCCAGCUCACGUGGUUCCGCGGCGAGCCCGAGGGACGGUACCGAUGGAUCAGCGCGAGCGACGGGGAAGAAGCCGCCGCGCGCGAGGCGAUGGACGCGUUCGAACGCGAC